UUUAAAAACUAUACUCGCUCUGUAAAAGCUCUUUAAGCUAUUUUUUUACAAUCUUUAUGUAUAAUAAAAAAAUCCUCUCUUCAAUUAAGAAUACGUCUGAACACCGUCCGCCACGUUGUAGUUGCAUACAUGUUCAAGAGUAUUUCCAAACUUGAGUGCAACGACGAGAGAGCGUAGCACUCUCUGAUGACAAACUCAACUUGAUGUUUGACACUAAACAUGACCUCCAAGAUGCAAAUAUUCCAACUCCAUCUAAUGCUCUUAGCCGCCCCAAAUAACCGGUCCUGCACUGCACCCAACAAUUGACUGUCUCCCUUUCCAGAUGGCUCACCACCACUCGAGCCAUCAGCGAACUUCAACCAACAACGUGCGCAAUGUAGUUGUUUUCUUCGCCAUCGCACCAACAUAAAUCCAUUAUUUAUAAACAUAUCUCUCAGCGCUCCAACUCCAACUCUACGCACGACAUAAUGAAUCAUAACGCAAAGUGUUAGCGCUUUCCAGAAGUGUGAGAUUUCUUAUCGGAAUGGUGUAAGCAACCGCCACAUGCGGUCGCUGCGGUUAACGAGUGUGUUCUCUCGCCCCGACUUCCAACGCCUGGCGACGACUUCAUACCGUGGAUUAAUGUCACCGUGUUUUCGGUGCUUUCUCGCAAUAUUUACAUACGCUCUCUCUCUCCCGCUAAUGCAUAACACACAGCCCUGCACAUCCCUUUUUCGGGGGGGGGGGGAGAACCCUUUUAGUGUUGCGCUUUCCGUUUUCCACAAUUCCCCAUUCGGCCAAACACCCAUUAGAACAACCAUUAAGUUCGGCCGGCGUGCCAGAACAGUUCGAUUGUUCCUUUGAUGGUAAUGGCGCUGCCAGUGACACUCUCCAUCCCGGGACUGAGACUGAUCGUACCACCGCGGGCGAACCGAUUGCGCGGUGCGUGCGUUGCAUUUACAAUUGCAAUUGCUGAGGUUCUCUGCCAACACUUCUUUCGAGGGGGGCGGUUCGAGAUGGUGGAAGAAAUCCCGGCAAAAGACGGCGGGUGGGCAACAUAUUUGUUUUGUUUCUCUCCAGCACGGAGAAACAUCAGCACGCACUCCAGCACGGCGUAAAGAUCUUUCUCCCUUGCAUACGAUCGUUGUCGACAGCACGGGGCGAACGGGCUACGAAGAAAGAUUAUAUUUUUAGUUUCUGCGCCUUCGUCGCUCACUCUCGCAGUGUGCUCAUUAUUCAGCGCCCUGCGGAAGAAGAAACGCGCAAACUACUGGCGAAGGCGGCAAGACGGCUUCAGCAUUCUGAUAAGUUGCGUUUGGGUUGCCCGGUUGCCUUCGAUGGACGUCGAUUCCGGUGACGUCCGGUAAGCAGUUCGUUGCAUUGCCCCCGAGGAGAGUGUGUGGAACGGAAUAAAUCAUUUCGGACAACGAGCGACAAAUUUCGACGACAUCGAUCGAGUGGCAUCCGACGAUCAGAAGGAGUUGGGUGUACAGAAUCGGGAAAGGAAACGUUCCACAACCAGCCAGUACCGGGAACGAUACCGAUCGUCGAUCCUCAGUCGGUUGGUGAGCAGGAACCGCACAGGACGUUCUUCGGGUCGCUUCUUCAUUCUAAACCCUCUGUAACUGGAAUCUCCCGUUCCGUGAAGAGAUUCUGAAGAGUUGUUUGUACGCGUGUGCCGUCAAGUGUGCUCGUAGAAAUCGAUCCAUCUAGCAACGAUGCUUUAUCUCAAGAUCAUUGUGGCGGGUGCUGUGCUGCUGCUGGGAAUCCUGACAACCGCAACCGUUAGUGCGGCUUGCUCCAAAACGAUCGUGAAAACGAGGGUGGAGGUUAAGAAUGGUAAACGGGUGACGGUGAUCGAUCAACCGUGCUGCAAGGGAUACAAACGGGUGAAGGCACGCUGCCUCCCAAUCUGUUCGCUACCCUGCGAGAAUGCCAAGUGCACUGCACCGGAUGUCUGCACCUGCAACGCUGGGUACGAGAAGCUGUCAGACCAUCGAUGCAUUCCGCACUGCAACGAUUGCGAUAAUGGUAUCUGCACGAAGCCCGGCUACUGCCAAUGCCAUACGGGGUAUACCCGGGCCGACAAUGGCACGUGUGUGGCCGAGUGCAACAACUGUGCGAACGGGUUCUGCCUGCUGCCAGAUGCGUGCCAAUGCUACGACGGUUACGAACUGCAAGGACUCGACGAACAACGCGCCUGUCGACCCGUGUGCGAUGGUGGCUGCCUCAAUGGGCAGUGUGUCGCACCGGAUGAGUGUUUGUGUGCGGAUGGAUACACGCUUUCGCAGUAUGGUGAAUGUGUUCCACCGACAACGCCUGCACCACGCUGCCCGGAAGGAUAUGUGGACGAUGGCAUCGGUUGCAGUCCAGUGUGUUCGGAGCCUUGCCAGAAUGGGACCUGUGUGGCACCGGAUCAGUGUGAGUGCUUCCCAGGAUAUUCGUCCGAUAACUCUAGCUCGCCGUUCGUGUGUCAACCGGUGUGCAAUGGAGGUUGUGCGAAUGGUGAUUGCAUAGCACCAGGCGUUUGCAUCUGUCACGCACAGUAUGGCAAAAUCGGUGACGAGUGCAUUCCGCUGUGUGAACGAUGCUCGCUGGGACACUGUGUGCAACCGAAUGUGUGCGUUUGUGAUCGGGGCUAUCGGUUGAUCGACGGUGACUGCGAGCCGAUCUGCGAGACGGAGUGUAUCAAUGCGAUCUGUACAGGGCCGAACGCGUGCACCUGUCUGCCGGGGUACAACUACACCGACAUUAAUGCUCUGUUCGAUUGUUUGCCGGUGUGCGAGCAGGAGUGCAUCAAUGGACGGUGUGUGGCGCCGGAGAAGUGUGAGUGCAAUGAAGGAUACGUGCCGGAUGAGGAAAACUUCUGCAUCCAUCCGAACGAUUUGUGCCGCAUGAAGUGUACGAACGGACAUUGCGACGGUGCCGAAUGUAUCUGCGAUGCGGAAUACAUUAAACACGCGACCGAUGGACACUGCGAGAAAACCUGCCCCAAUGGCUGUACGUUUGGUGAUUGUGUUGGCGGCGAGUGUUUCUGUCACGAUGGGUACCGCCUAUCGCUGGACAAUGCGUCCGUGUGUGAACCGAUCUGUGGUGAGGACUACGAUUACAGCAGUGCCGGCUGUAUCAAUGGACGGUGCGUCCGGCCGAAUGUGUGCCAGUGUGAGGAAGGGUACGAGUUUGUGGACGCCAACCAGACACGUUGUGAAUCGGUGGAAGAGAUCGCCCGGCAACGUUUGGCUCAGGAACGGAUGGCCGAGUGUCGAAGAAGCUGUCGGAAUGGGAAGUGCCGGGCGGGUGAGUGUCGGUGUAACGAAGGGUAUGCCCAUCCGGAGGGGAACACGCUUAGCUGUAAGCCAGUGUGUAUGGAACCGUGCCUGAACGGAACCUGUGUACGACCGGAUCAGUGCGAGUGUAAGGCAGGCUUCGUGUUUGUCGAGGGUAGCCAAAGCCACUGUCGAUCCGAGGAAGAACUAUUGCGGGAAGCAUAUGAACGGUGUAAGGGACGCUGUCGGAAUGGAGAUUGCCACGGGGAUCAGUGCUUCUGCAUGCUAGGAUACAAAGCGUCCAGUCUGGACCCGUACGACUGUCAACCGGUGUGUGAGCGACCCUGCGUCAAUGGUACGUGUGCCGGAAAUGAUCGUUGCCAUUGCUGGGAGGGUUACGCCCUGAACGAUGAGGAUAAUCAUAUCUGUAACCCGAUCUGUUCGACUGCAUGCAUCAAUGGGGAUUGCACUGGUCCGGAACUGUGUGCGUGUUACGCGGGAUACAUCCUGGCCGAUGGCAGUAACAGCGUCUGCGUAAAGGAGGAAACACCCGAGGAACGAUCAUCCCGUCUACGUCAGCUAACAUGCGAGCGCGAGUGUUCGAACGGUUGGUGUGAGCAGGGCGAGUGUCGCUGUGUGCAGGGUUUCUAUCAUGAAAAUGGCAACACGUUCCGGUGUGAACCGUACUGCGAGCGACCUUGUGAAAUGGGCCGCUGCAUCGGGAACGAUACGUGCGAGUGUCUCGUACGCCACGAACUGGUCGAACCGUUCGUAUGUGGUCCCAUCUGUAGCGAGGAUUGUGUACGAGGGUACUGUGCAGCACCGGAUGUGUGUCGCUGUCACGACGGAUACGAAAUGGUGAACGGUUCGAGCAGUGUAUGCGAACCGGUGUGCGGCGAGGAAGGCUGUACGAAUGGUGUUUGUGUGGGACCGAACGAAUGCAGCUGUCUGGAUGGAUUCUAUCAGGAUCAGGAUGAUCCGCUGCUGUGUCACCGGGAGCUGAGCGUUAUACAACAGAUGUCUGAUCAAAGUAUCGCUGGUGGAGAAUAUUACAAGAUGUCCUACAUCCACUACUUCAUCCCGGUGAUCGCCUCCGUAGCACUGAUCGUAGCCGUCCUUAUCGUGAAGAUGAUCAUACGCAACCGGCAGAAGGACUAUCACGUCGGCAAGCUCGGUAAUGUACAGCGACGGCGCAAGUCGACGACCAGCAACAGGGCCAGCAAGCGCGACACCGCCAACCGUACCACCGAUUAUAACGAUUACAAUCUGGUCGUUCUCUUCCCUACAGAGAGCAAGGAAAACUGUGUCUACUUCAUGCCGAAACCGGACUCCAAGACGAACGAGCUCACUAAAUUGAAUCUCGAAAUUGAAACCAUCUGAUACGCGCACCGGCUUGGGGAUCUUGGAAAUACAAGCGAACCAACGUACGGCAAAGCUUACCGGCAAAAUUCGCAAAAGCGCUGGCUCGGGUGGGAGACUCUGGAGAUACCUUACCUUGGGACAGGCGAGACACGCAUCAGUUUUCCAUUUUUUGCCUCUGUAAAUAUGUGCACCAAUGUUGCUUCUUAGGAGGCGACUUUAAUUUAUAAGUUAAGAACGACUAGCUAGUAAAAACUUAGUUAAAAGAAAAAGCUCAAUAACAACGAAACAUGAACCACAAAUUAGGUGAAAUAAAAUGAAACAUGUCCUAAAAC